GUGCUCCUGGCCGCGGUUUGGGCACCUGCCGUGGCCGAGGAAGCGGCAGAGCUCCUGCUGGCCGGAUCUGGCUCGGGGCUGGGACCCUCGGGCCAGGCGCCUCCUGCCAAGGGACGGCUCUGCCAACGCUCCCCUCUCCUCCCCCAGCCCUGCUCACUCCAGGCGGGGAGGAGGGGACCGUGCUGGGGGACAGGACUGGCUGUCCCUGCUCCCACGGGCCGGGGGCCAAGGGGUGCCCUGGGGGUUCCCGGCCCCGUGGGGCUGCCCUGGCCCGGGAUGAUCCCGGCACAGCGAGCGGGGCAGGUCAGUCCCAUCCCACAGCCAGCUUCCCACAGCUCAGCCCCUGGGGAAUGGGGCUCUGCCAGUGCUGGGAAUGACUUCCUGCUCCAGCCCCUUGGAUGGGGCUGGGCUGAGAUGGGGCAAAGUGCCAGGAAUGGCCCCGCAGCCUUUCCCUGGGCACUGGCCAGGCUCUCUGCACUGCAGAGAGGGAAUGAUUUAUCCCCCUAAACAUCUCCCAGCCCUGGGAAGGGCUGGAUGCCCCUGUCCACCCAAAUGCAUCUCCCUGGAGAAGCCAUGGGAGCGGGCAAAUGCUGUGCCACAGUGGGGACACAAUGGGGUCCUGUGCUGUCACCCUGGCCAGGGGACAUUGGGCCAUUGUCUGGGACAGGGAGAACAACAGCAGCUGCAGCUGGAGGCUCUGAUCUCACCAGGCUGCCUCUGCCCCGGUCACCGUGCCCCCCUGCCCUCUGCCAGGUCCCAUGUCCCACCCCCUGAGCCAAUGAUCCUGGUCACUGUCACCUGGGAUGUCACCAGGCUGCUGGGGGACAGCUGGCUCCUCUUGUCCCUCACUGGGGCACAAAUUAGUGAGGUUUGGUCCCUGGGGUUUGGCCCCUCUGCUCCCCGGGGCUGUGGGGCGGGGAGGAGCCCUGGGGUGACACUUCACGGGCCGCCUGCCACUGUCACUUGGCCGCCCUGAUCUUUGUGACGCCUGUCGGCUCCAGGCUCGGGCUCGUCCUGCCGCGGUGCCGCGAGCUGAUGGGGCAGAAAGCCGUGCGGGGCUGCGGAGCACAGCGGGACACGGCCCCGGAACACCAGCAGGGACAGAGACAGGGACAGUGCCACCUGUCCUGGGCCAGUGGGGAGUGACCCCAGCACCGCCAGUGUCCGGCCAGUGCCGGCCGCAGGGAGCGAGGCUGCACCCGCAGCCUCCCAAAGCCCUCGGUGGGCACAGUGACAUCUGUCACAUCCCCGGGGUGGCACCUGGGCUGUCCCACGGGGCUGCCGGGUGGGUGGUGGGUGCCCAGCACCCUGCAGCACCCACGGGCAGCGCUGGGGCAGUGCUGGUCCAGUGGUUUGAUGGCAAGUGACAGAAUGGGAGCAGGGCUCCAUCGGCCGUGGCAGCCCACGGCGCCCCAGGCGCUGAGCGUGGCCGCGGGAGCCGCGUGACGGGGCAGGGAUGGAGCUUUGGGAUGAAUCCAGGGGCUCUGGGGCUGCUGCACCCAUGUGGGCACGGCCACAGGGUGCCACUGGAGCCUGGCACCCAGGAAAGCCCCAAAGCAGGGGAUGGAAGGGGCUUCUGGGCAGCCCGGUGGAAGUGCCCCUGCCUGUGGAUGGAACGAGGAGGGCUUUAAGGAAACUAUUCCAUGGUUCUGUGAUUUGCUGAGAUGCAAGGUGUGACCCCUUCCAGGAGCCUGGGGAUGCGGGUCAGUCCUGCCAGGUGGUGCUGGUGCUCACAGCACUCAGAGCAGGGCAAAACACCCCCAGUGUCCAUCCCGUGCCACUGGAAUGCUCAAUCCCAGCACUGUCUCCAUUUACAGCCUCCAAGUGAGGGGUUAACCCAGCCCAUUGCCAGCCCCAGCCGCGUUUCUGGAGGAGAAGCAGAUGUGGGAGGGGGAGCUGAGAGGGGCCUGGGGCUGAGCUCCCCAGCUGCGGCACCGGCAAUCAGGGCUGCAAAUUGGGAUCAGAUGUGGGCAGCUUCCCCUCUAAAUGCAGCUCCAGGGCUGCUUGGACUGGUUCUGCUCUGCCUGGGGAGGAGGAGGAGAGUUUUGGAGGAUUGCUGGGGCCCUCCAGAGUGUGGUGCUCCCUUUGGAGAGCUGUUUGUUCCCUGGGGAGUGCCCCUGCCAGCCCCGGGAGCUCUGCUGCCCUGCCUCUUUCCUUGCCUCUUCCCCUGCCUGUGCCGGGCUGGAGCGGGCUCUUCCCGGAGCAGGGAUGAUGCAGGAGCUGGUGGCUGGCAUGGAGAAGAUCAGGUUUGACUCAGAGGCUGAUGUGGAAAAGCUCAGAGCUCGGCCCCUGCCCUUCCCGGGGGUGGACAGUAAGUUGGGGACAGGGCUGUGGCAUUUUUGGGGUGUGACAGGGCUGUGGGAGCUUUGGGGCUUUUCCUUUUCCUUCCCUCCAACAGCACCUGGGUGGGUUUUGUCCUGGCUCCAGGCAUUGCUCCCUCAGGGAGCUGGCAAAGCUCUCGGGGGGCCUGCCAGGGUCCUCAGUGUCCCCGUGGUCCCAGCAUUGGGGGUGGCAGGUGAAGCCCUCUGCACCCCGGGGCUGUGGGUGCAGGUGAGGCUGGGGCAGUGGGGACAGGCUGGCUGUGACAUGGGUGUCCCAGGUGAGCAGGGCCACCCCGGGGCAGUGGGGACAGGCUGGCUGUGACCCGGGUGUCCCGGCUGUGACCCGGGUGUCCCAGGUAUGCAGGGCCACCCCCGGCACGGCGGGGCCAAGCCCGCGGUGUGCGAGCCUUGGCUGCGAGGGCUCUGCAAGAGGGGCGACGGCUGCGAUUUCCUGCACGACCGCGACGCCAGCGGGAUGCCCGAGUGCUGCUUCCACUCCCAGCUCGGUAGGAGCGGGGCUGGGCAGCCCGAGAAGCCCCUUCCCACCCCUGCCCCGGGCCUGGCCCGCAGCGAGCGGCUGAUGCCACCUCCUGACUGCGGGAAGAAGUGCCACUGUCACGCAGUCAGUGUCGCUGUCCCUCUCCCCCAGCCAAACCUGGCUGUACCCAGGGCGGUUCCCAAUUCCUUCCAUCCCUGAGCCAUUCCCGCUGCGUUCGGCUCGAGUGAGCGUUGUCCCCAAUGUCCCUCGCCUUGCUCCCGCAGGACAGUGCAGCGACAAGGACUGUCCCUUCCUGCACGUCGAUGCCACCGCCAGCCCCGCGGGCUGUCCCUGGUACGACCGUGGCUUCUGCAGGCUCGGGCCCCUGUGCAAGUACAAGCACACGAGGAGGGUGAUGUGUGCCAACUACCUGGUGGGAUUCUGCCCGGAGGGACCCAAGUGCAAAUUCGUGCACCUCAAGGCCGGGCUGAUGACGAGCACCACAGACCCAUCCAAGGAAUGUGGAUGUCCAUGGGGGCUGGUACAGCGGGAUCUGGCUGCUGCAGAGGACAGGGGAGGUGAGGACGUGCCACCCAAGGAGCCACCUCCACGUGGCACCCAGCGCCUGUGGGACACCGGUGGCUGUCCCCUGGGCCCACAGAGCCUGCUGGAAGGAGGCACCUGCUCCAAGGGAGGAUCAGCCGGACCCUGUGCCAGCGAGAGCGGGAGGACUGCGCUGGAAAUGCUGCUGGGAAAGUGAUCCAGAGCUUCCACACGGACACAGAGCUCCCACAGGGCAACAGGAGGGCACGGGACAUGACGGGCACGGGACACGACAGGCACAGCCCCGGGGCAGCUGCUGGGCUGGAAGGGCCAGCAGGGCCUGCCCAGCACCAGCUCACAGCUGGCACAGCUGGCACAGGAAUCACUUCACACUGUGAAAAUCGGGAGUUUCCACUGCUGGCUGCUCCCCCUGGCACUGCUGGCU